AAGAAGGCGAAUCAAUGGCAGCGAUGGCAAAGUGUCACCAUACCGGAGCUGGUUGAGCCAUACAUGGAGUACGUGAGGGCCACUGACCAUAUGACCACGAAUCGCCCUCUCCUGCCAACAUGUCAAUGCGGCGAUCACCACAAAACGCUGAACGUGCUAGUCGUGUUUAUAGAUCGACUUGAGCAGAUGGACAUUCCCGUAUGUACGCCCACGUCUGCGGCCAGAGCUCUACUUGCUCGCGGUCUCUUCCCGUGCGCGCCUCAAGCACCAUCGGUGGCCUUCGAUUUGAACAUGCUCGAAUUAGUAGCUACCCUUUUCGUAAACACCGCACCCAACGUCACCGCAUGGGCAACCACAUUGGAAUCUUUCCUGAGUGUACGGAACUACAAACUGACCACGCGGAAUUCACUGCGGAGGCGGUUCGGGAACGCGUUGAACUGGUACAACUACCUAAUCGAUCACGUCCGAACGUGUACAUCCAGUGCCGUGGAACUGUCGAGGCACAUUCUCUUACAACAGCAAGAGGAAGAAGCACUGAACGGAUGCCAGAGUAAGUCAUUAUCCUUACGUCCUAGGAUCACGGAGGAACCACAUCAUAAUGGACCACGCUCUCAAUCUGACCUACCCGGCGGCCGUUGUUAUGACAAAGAAGAACGCGAGGGCCAGCUUGCUGACCGGAAUAUACCGCGUGGCAACCGUCCGAGCGCGUACUUGCGGUCGCGCUGCGUACUGUGCUUUGGUGGCACUGGGCGAGAGACGGAGGAGCUGGGUGUAGACUCGAUUAUUUGCUUGGACGCUUGCUUUACCCAAAAGCGACGUGCAAGCGGCCGCCGUGACCCCGAGCGGCACCAUCCGGCGUCCGUAUUCCUGCGAGAAGACGAGAUUACAGCCAUGGAACGCAUUGUCGAGGAGAAAAGGCAGGGGAGAACGGCUCGGAAAGGAUCGAGGAAGCAUGGCGCUUCCCAGUCUGCACCGAAACGAGGAGAGCAACCCGACGCGACGCUUACAUCCGGAAAUGACGGAGCCGAAGACAAAUGCGAAGGUCCCUUGAAGCUACCGAACUCUGUUCUGGACGGCUGCGAGUCAUCGUUCAAAGCCGCGGACGAACAACGAGAGAAGGCAAGUACAAAUUUCUUCGAUGAUACUGGGCUCAUGGCACUCGUCUGCCGUCAUGAUCGUGUCCUAUGGAUGGCCAACAUAACGAGUGCUGGCGAACGCCAGCAUUAUGCCAUUGCACUCCUCGAUAAGUUUUUCCAUCACGUACCGAAGACCUUUCGCGCUGGCGUCCUGUACGACAUAGGGUGCCAACUACACCGGAGCUGCUUCAAAUGGGGACUACUUGAAAACUACCGUGAUCGCAUUGUGUUCGGCAUUUCCGUUUUUCAUGCAUAUGGCCAUCAAUGGGCAUGCCAGGUCAUUUACCACCCGCGGAAAUGCGAAUGCUUCGGUCUUAGUGACGGGGAAGGGUGCGAGCGUGUCUGGAGCGCGCUGGAACACCUCGUUCCUGGGUUGCGCGUGAGCGGCUACUAUCAACGGUUCUAUGUCAUCAACCUCCAAUUGCACCAUCUCGAUCGCCUCCACCUUCGUUCAGCAGGUGAACGGCUUCUACGGAAGUACGAAGCCUGUCGCCAGCGAGCUAUGGAGGCUCAGAAUGGCCUCCGCAAAUGUAACCUGGCCGUGGAUUUCUUGCGGGAUCAAUGGACUCUGCAACAGACUGCGCAGACAAAGCCCCUCCGAAACCAGGUGAAGGACGCGGGGGCAAAGACUAUCGACUCGAUACUCGCAUUACAAGAUCAGCAAGCAAUGAUCGACGCUCACGUCGCAAAAAUCGAACGCGCAAUCUGUAAAGGUCGUGUCGAUGCGGACGCGAACUCGCGACGUGAAGAAUUGUUGAACGAACGCGGUCGUGUGUUAGUGAAGCGGGCCCGUCUGGAGGAUAGCCUGGAUCUCCGAAGCAGGCAGAACCUCCGAAGCCUACGCGGGAGUCGGUAUUUAACUGCCCGUAUCAAUGCCCUCACGUUGAAGACACGGAUCAGAGAGCUUUUGAUUCGACGCAAAUUCGAGCUUUCAAAGAUGGAGCGAUCGUUUCAUACCCAGUCAUCUGAUCGGAAAUUGACAGCGCACACAACAAACGCUGUACAUCGACGCGAACCCACGAUCCAAUCUCUUACUCGCAAAUAUAAUGCGUUAUGUACCGAAAUGGCGAAUCUCGUAGAAAAUCGACAAGCGCCAACUCGAGCCGUCCCACCUACCCCGAUUGACAUGGAGAAGCUAUGGGGUCUCGACGUCGACGACAACAUUUGGCAGGAUGUCGGCCUCGUCGACGAAGAGGAUGGUGAUUGCGCACCGCCGCGCUGGUUAACCGAUGCCAAGGUCAAGGAAGGUAUCCGCCACAUGCUGAGCGCGGAUAGAUGUCAAGAGGAACUCGCGAGGAUCAUGGCAGAGCGGAGGCAUAUGCAGAUCUGGCUGCAGGAGGAGUGGAAGGCAGUCGAGCACGCGCUGGACAGGACGGAUAUAUCCACCGGCCUACAUAACCAGAUAUUCCUCUACCGCAAGGAACUUCUCGAGCUAGCCAUCACCUGGAAGGGUUUUGUCUCCGCUAUUCCGACAAACGAUACCCUCCUGGACGUGUGGGGACCGAGCGAAAGCGAAAUG